ACUGUUCUGUAAUGUUAUUGGUUAACAUAACGGACAUUUGAAUUCAAUUGGUCGUACAAUUAUUUGAAACUUAUUUUAAAUUGCAACAGUUUACAAUUAAUAGUAACUAAAACAAUUAUCGGGGAUGACCCAAUAAACAAAUCGCUUCUUUAUCAAGAAAUUGUUGAAGCUAUUACAAUAUAAAAUCAUACGAUAUUGUUAGUGUUAUUUUAAAACAUUUGAAGUAGUUGGAAAAUAAAUUAGUUUACCAAUAAAAAUGGCUUUAUUACAAGGAAAGAGAGAAAAAUGGUGUGAUCUAUUAGAAAAUUUGAUUGAAUGCCCGGUAUGCUGUGAAAUACCGCCAAAUAAUAUUUUACAAUGUGAGUUGGGUCAUCACAUAUGCAUAUCAUGUCGUUAUAAAUUAACGCUAUGUCCUAUAUGCAACGGUAGAUUUGGUUCAAUAAGAAAUUUUUUAGCCGAAAAUAUUUGUAAUAAAUAUAUAGAAAUAAUGGCGUCUCUAAAGAUACCUACGAUUAAAGAAGAAAAAGAAAUAUUAGAGAAAAAAUUAUGCAUUUUUACACAAACAGAAAAUAUAUCUAAAACAUCGGUCUUAGUUCAAACAGAAAAUGUAUUAUUAUGCAACAACAAACAAACACAAUGCAAUAUAUAUGAGAGAGAAACUCAACAUGUAUUAACUCCAUACAAUUUAAGGGCAAGCAGAACUUAUUAUUUUAUUCCAAAAGGAAAUUUUCAAUGUUGUUUUACUUCAUGUUUGAUAUCACCUUUACCUUUUAAACAAAUUAUGGAACAUCUAAAAUCGUAUCAUAAUGAUACAUUUUAUGAAGUCGAAAAGACUUGGGGAGUUUAUAAAAAAAAAUUAGAACUAGAAUAUGUUUCACCGAAAAAUUAUGAUUUUGCAAUUAAUAUAAUCAAUAUAGGUUUAUUUUUUAUAAAAAUUAAAAUUCUUCCAUCAAGCGAUUUAAAAAGCGAAGUCUUAAUGGCAAAUAGAGCUUCAAUAUGUAAACGUUAUAUGUUUGAAAUGAUAAUUGGAAAUGGACAAAAAACUGAAACGUUCUCAGGCUUGGUGAAGUCGUGCAAAUAUGUCGAUUCGGAAAGUUUGAAAGACUGCAUUUACAUAAAAAAAAAGAAAAUGGAAGAAAUCGCUGAUGUAAAUAAUGGAUCAUUAUUUGAUUGCAAUUUUAUUAUUAAGAAUUUGAAUUUAAUGAAAGAAAAUCAUGAUUCCGUGAAUCAUGAAUAACCAGUUAUUAUACAUUUCAGAUAAAUUACUUUAUCAUUAUGUUAUAAUAGUAUUAAGGUUUAAAAAUAAAAACAGAUGUUUCUUUGAUUGCA